UGCCAAGUCGGAGAUGUCCGUUGCGUGCGGAGUCCCCAUGGGGGAUCAAGUACCCCAGAAUGUAAAUCCGGGGAAGAUAGGUGGGCCAUGUAGCCCCAUAAAAGCGCAGAUAGCAUGGACAGUAACAGACAGCAUUCGUCCAUUCCACUACACCCCUCCGAUGAGCCAUGGCACCGAAACACGACGAAUAUCCUCUGGACGACAGAGACUCCAAGAUUAUCGUGGAGAACCUUGAGGAUGUCUCUCAUCCAGAACACUCGCUGGCUCAGUUUCCUCUUCUGCGGGAGAAGUCUCCCACUGAACUCGAACAUCUGGACAAAGCUGUUCUAAAGAAGCUGGACCACUACUUUCUGCCAUGUGUGACAAUGAUGCUCCUUAUGAGCUACCUCGACAGAAUCAACGUAUCCAACGCCCGCCUAGCCGGCAUGCAAGACGACCUCCACAUGUCCGACACAGAAUGGUCCGCCGGAAUCUCCCUCUUCUACGUGGGCUACAUCAUCUCCCAAAUCCCAGCAAGCGUCUCCAUCGCCAAAGGCAAACCAAGCAUAAUCUUUCCCUGCAUCAUGCUCUCCUGGUCCGCCGUAACAAUCUGCAUGCCAGCCCUCACAUCCGCCUGGGGCUUCUGUCUCUGCCGGUUCCUCGUCGGGGUCACAGAAGGCCCCUUCAUCCCCGCCGUCUCCCUCAUGACUUCAUCCUGGUACACAAAGAAAGAAUCCCCACUACGGAUGGGUAUCUGGCAUGCGGGGAACAUCAUCUCCAAUGUAUUUUCUGGACUUCUUGCUGCAGCCAUUCUCACGAAUAUGGACGGCAUCGCGCACCUCCGCGCAUGGCAGUGGUUUAUCCUAUUAGAAGGGAUCGUCAGUAUUCUUGUCGCCUUGAUCGCCUUCUGUGAAGAGGAGGCUGAAAUGGCAAAGUAUACACAAUUCGUAUCUACGGGAGGGAUUCACGAAGAUGAUGAUGGUGGUCGCUGGACGGGCGUCUGGCUUGCCGUUAAGGAUCCAUUUACGUGGCUGUUCUCGGCAAUGCAUUUUGCGCUUAUCAUUGCUCAGUCGUUCAAGGAUUUCUUUCCUUCGAUCGUCGCAACCCUCAACUUCUCCGAAGUCGAAACCUACCUCGUCCAAGCCCCGCCAUGGGUAAUAGCCUACAUCGCCACUCUAAUCCUCUCAUGGUCCUGUGGCCGAUUUCUCAAGCACUGUUGGCACAUCGUGAUACCCAUGCUCAUCACCCUUGCCGGAACAGUGAUCAUGAUCUCAACCUUGAACAUCGGAGCACGAUACUUUAGCUUCGUCUUACUCUGCACUGGACCAUUCGUCGGCCUAAACAUCCAAAUAUCCUGGGAAACCAGCGUUGUCCCGCGCCCGCGCACAAAACGAGCCGCGCUCGUCGCCAUCGCGAACUGCGUGUCGUCAGUCUCUCACUGGUUCACGCCAUAUUUCUUCCUCACGUCGCAGGAGCCGAGGUAUGAGACUGGAGGGGGGAUUAUUAUUGCGGGGUGUGGACUUACGGUAUUGCUUUGCUUGGGGACGAGGUGGUGGUGUGUCAGGAGGAAUAGGGAGCUGGAGAGGGAGGAGGUGGAGGGGAAUGGGUCUGGGUGGAGGUUUGUUACUUAG